AUGGGAAGGAUACCUGUUGCUGUGGAGUUAGCAAAGAGAGGGGUAGUUCCGGAAAAUUUGACUUGCCCCAUGUGUAAUGAAUACGAAGAAGACUCUAAUUAUGUCCUGGUAGACUGCAGUUAUGCCAGGAGUGUAUGUGAAGGGGUAUCAAGAUGGUGUAAUAUUCAAUUGGGACCGCUCCACACAGUCAAGGAUGUAUUGGGUUCCAUUUCUCAAUGGGGGGUAUGCAAAAAAAGGAGAAGGAUAAUCUUAGCAAUCUAUUAUGGUACUUUAUGGAGUCUUUGGAAGACAAGGAAUGAAAUGGUCUUCAAGAAAAACCGGCUGCCACCAGAUAAAGUCACUGAUAUCAUCAAAUCAGUGGUUUACCUGUGGGUGAAGAAUAGGGGGAACAACAACAAGUUAAAUUGGGCAUCCUGGUCUCAUUGCCCUUUGCUUUUCUGA